UGUCGCGUCAAUGUUUUAGAGAGAGAAACCAAAAGGCGCCCCGCCCUUCUAGAGAGAGAGAGAGCAGCCCAGAUUUUCCCCCCACUGCUACAGUCGCUCUCUGAAAUAUGGAGUGGCGGAGGCCGACGUAUUUGGAUGAGUAUGAAAAGCUUCUUACUCGAAUGUCCACGCCGAGGGUCAUGAUCGAUAAUGCGGGCUGCUCCAACGCGACUCGUCUCACGAUCGACAGUGCUAGAAAGCACGGGAUUCUUCUCGAAGCUGUCCAGGUUUUGACGGAUUUAAAUCUAUCGAUUAAGAAGGCUUACAUUUGCUCCGACGGCAGGUGGUUCAUGGAUGUUUUUCACGUGACUGAUUUGAAUGGAAACAAAUUAACUGAUGAGAGCGUUUUGGGCUGCAUUGAGGAGUCACUGGAGACGAUUCAUUACGGUAGAUCAAAAGGUAUUGAUGGCCUAACUGCUUUGGAGCUUACGGGCACGGACCGGAUCGGGCUGCUGUCUGAGGUUUUCGCGGUGCUGUCGAAUCUGAAUUGCAAUGUGGUUGAUGCCAAAGUUUGGACACACAACGGCAGGAUUGCGUCCUUGAUCUACUUGAAGGAUGAUGACUCGGGCUGCCCAGUUGAGGACUCGGAGAAGCUGGAGAAGAUGGAGGUGAUGUUGAGGAAUGUGUUGAGAGGGGAUAAUGACAUUCGGAGUGCUAAGACAUUGGUGUCACUAGCCGUUACUCACACGGACAGACGUCUUCACCAGAUGAUGUUCGCGGAUAGGGACUAUGAUGGUAACAUUUGUGGCGAUGCCCCUGUUGUGUUGGUGCAAAACUACUUGGAGAAGGACUAUUCCGUUGUGAGUAUUCAUUGCAAGGAUAGGAACAAGCUUCUGUUCGACGUGGUUUGCACAUUGACGGACAUGGAGUACGUCAUUUUCCAUGCCACCGUGGACACAUCGGGUGACAGAGCUUCCUUGGAAUUCUUCAUCAGACACAUGGACGGCACCCCGAUAAGCUCAGAGGCCGAAAAGCAGCGUGUGAUCCUCUGCAUUGCGGCAGCGAUCAAAAGGAGAGCAUCUCAGGGUGUGAGGCUUGAGCUCUGCACGGUCGACAAGAAGGGUCUUCUAGCCGAUGUGACACGGACCUUCCGUGAGAACGGACUCAAUGUCACGAUGGCAGAGAUCUCGACCGUGAUGGGGACAGCCCGGAACGUGUUCCACGUGACGGAUGCAGCGGGCAACCCGGCUGAUGAGAAGAUCAUCGACUCGGUCCGGCAGAAGAUCGGGGUGAGUAGGUUGAAAGUUAAGGAGCUGCCGUUGAUCUAUCACGAGAAAGUGGAGAGAGGGGAGGCGUCGGCCAUGAGUUGGUCGAUUGGGAACAUGGUGAGGAGGAAUCUAUACAACUUGGGUUUGAUAAAAUCUUGUUCUUGAUUAUGACAAGGGUCGGUUUUGUUUUGUUUGGUGGAAUAUAUUCUUUGCUUGGAUGCGUUGAGGUUUGGGAGAAGAUUACGUUGGUUAGAAGGGUAUCUUGGUUUGUUUAACAUAGUUACAUAGGAAUAGGAUAUGUCUUCUGUAAAUAGAUCAACAUUUAUUUAUCGAAUUUUACUAAUCUUUCUAUAGGGUAAUAAUACUACUUCAUUUGGAGUU